AUGAGACUCAUGUUUGAGGUGGAUAACUUGUCACAGGCCAGUCCAGCCACCAUCAGUAGAUGUGCUAUGGUCUAUAUGGACCCAGUUGACCUUGGAUGGAAGCCGUACGUGAAGACGUGGCUGCAGAGGCUACCUAAGGAGAUCCCUGAGAGCGGCAAACACCAUCUCCAGGCUCUGUUUGACCACACGGUGGAGAAGGGACUGGAGUUCAUGCUCCAGCAUCAGAAGUUCCAGUCCGUCCCUGUCCCCGCUAUGUCCAUGGUGAACUGUCUGUGUAGUAUUCUCAUGUCCUUCUUUGAUUUUAUGAGCAAAAAUGGAGGUUUUGGAGAUCCAGAUAAAGAAGUAGGGCGUCCCUCCAGUGCAGACAGCCAUACUUCCAGCCAAUCACGAAGUUCUUCUAGAACCGAUGUCAGCGGAACCAAGAAGAUGAAAAAGAGAAGCAGACGACAAGCUAAGAUUAAAGAGGAAUUGCAGAAAAUUGAAGACAGAGCAUCUGCCAAAAAGGACCAACCUCACAAGGAUCAAAAACAAUAUUACAUGCAGAAAAAUCCAGGCAAAUUCACAAUCUUCCUUGGCAAACUGUUUGCCUUUGCCUUCACCUGGGCAUUUGGUGGCAGCCUGCAGAGGUUUGAUGAGAUGGAUGAUGACAUCGCUGUGACUAAGAAGGAAGGAGACAAGGACAAGCCUGAUAUCAACAUUUGUUAUGAAUUUGAUGGGUUUGUCAGGGAUCUUUUGGAGGUCGAGCCACCUCUAGGUGUACGCCUCCCAUCUGGCCACAAGACCAUGUUCAGUUACUUUCUGGACAUGGAGUCUGGAAACUUCGUACCCUGGGAUGUGCUCGUACCAAAGACAAACUCGCUGAUUGAGAAGGGCGCUGUGAUUACAAUAGGGGACACCAUGGGUUUGUCCACGGGGCACGCCAAACCAGGAGAGGGCCGUCUGGAGAACGAGAUUGUCACCACAGUGGACACUGUGAGGUAUUCCUUCCUGACAGGACUGUUGUUGUUGAAUGGCCACCCAGUACUGCUCACAGGUGAAUCUGGUGUAGGCAAGUCUGCCAUCAUAAAACACAUGUUGAAGGAAAUGUCCAAGGACAAUGGGACAACUACCAAAAAUGGAACUAUUUUGGGAAAUGUGCUAAAUUUCUCUGACAAAAACCAGUCACUGUUAGAAAACAUCAGCAGCUUGACAAAGUUUGCCAUGGAAGAAGACAUAGACACAGAGAAGAAUCUAGAUCUCCUGAUGGGAACCAACAAACCCAAGCAGAACACUGGAAUCUCCACCAGUCUGCUACAGUUCAGCGCGCAGACGACCUCUGCUCGGACCCAGCUCUCCAUUAUACACAGGCUGAUCAAGAAGGGCAAAGAUACACUGGGAGGACCCAAGGGGAAAAAGGUAUUGGUGUUUGUUGAUGACUUCAACAUGCCAGCCCCUGAGGAAUAUGGAGCUCAGCCCCCACUGGAACUUCUCAGGCAGUUUCUGGAUCUGGGCGGCUUCUUUGACACUAGGAGAAUGUUGUGGAAGGACAUCAUGGAUGUGACCCUAGUGGGGGCGUGUGGACCCGUGGGUGGAGGCAGAAACCCUGUCAGCCCUAGACUUCUCAAACACUUCUGUAUGCUAGCAGUGCCCCAGCCCUCCACCCGGUCUCUUCAGCAUAUCUACCAGGUCCAGCUGGGCAGGUACUUCCAAGAUGGCGACUUCAUGCCGGAGGUGAAAGAGUCCCUGUUCUCUCUGGUGUCAGCUAGUAUAGCGAUGUACUACAAGAUGUGUAUGAAUAUGCUGCCCACUCCGGCCAAGUCACAUUAUACUUUUAAUAUCAGGGAUCUCACAGAUGUAAUCACGGGUCUGUUACAAGCUCACCAGCAGGUCAUA